AUGCUCUCCUGCCAAAAUGCACCUCCCCGCGGCGGCGGCUCCUCCUUCGGCUUCUCCGUGUUCAACCUGAUGAACGCGAUCAUGGGCAGCGGCGUCCUGGGCUUGUCCUACGCCAUGGCCCACGCGGGGGUCGUGGGCUUCAGUAUCUUGCUGCUGAUUGUUGCCAGCCUUGCUUCUUACUCUGUGUUUCUGCUGCUCAGUAUGUGCAUUCAGACUGCUGUUACUUCUUAUGAAGAUAUUGGCCUCUUUGCAUUUGGUUCACCUGGGAAGGUUCUUGUUGCAACUACAAUAAUUAUCCAGAAUAUUGGAGCUAUGUCAUCCUAUCUUUUAAUUGUGAAGUCUGAACUUCCUGGUGCUGUUGCAGGAUUCCUGAGUGGAGCUGAUGAGAGUGGGUCUUGGUACCUCGAUGGGAGGCUGCUGCUACUGAUUACUUCGGUCUGCAUUGUUUUUCCUCUUGCACUUCUUCCUAAAAUCGGCUUUCUUGGCUACACAAGUAGUUUAUCAUUUUUCUUUAUGGUGUACUUUGCUCUUGUGGCUGUAAUUAAAAAAUGGUCCAUCCCAUGUCCUCUACCUCUAAAUAGUGCAAUAGAGAACUUACAGAUUUCAAAUUCUACUGGGGAGUGCAAAGCAAAGCUCUUUCAUUUCUCAAAAGAGAGUGCUUAUGCAAUACCGACGAUGGCCUUCUCUUUUCUCUGCCAUACCUCAGUCUUACCCAUUUACUGUGAGCUCCAAAGUCCAUCCAAAAGGAGAAUGCAGAAUGUGACUGUCACAGGAAUUGGUUUGAGUUUCCUAAUUUACUUUAUAUCUGCUUUGUUUGGGUACCUGACUUUUUAUGACAAAGUGGACUCCGAAUUACUGCAGGGUUACACCAGGUACCUGCCACAUGAUACUGUGAUCAUGACUGUUAAACUUGCUGUGCUCUUUGCUGUGAUUUUGACAGUCCCUCUAAUCCAUUUCCCAGCAAGGAAAGCUGUGCUGAUGGUGUUUUUUUCUCAUCUUCCUGUGUCGUGGAUGUGCCAUAUUCUUAUUACUUUAACACUGACUACAAUUGUUGUUUUGUUUGCAAUGUAUGUGCCUGACAUCAAACAUGUAUUUGGAGUAGUUGGUUCGACCACAUCAACGUGUUUGCUUUUUGUAUAUCCUGGAGUGUUUUAUCUUAAACUUAACAGAGAGGAUUUAAUAUCACCACAGAAACUUGGGGCAUGUGCAUUGGUUAUUUUUGGCAUUUGUGUUGGUCUUCUCAGUUUAAUUCUAAUAAUUUUCAAUUGGAUUAAUCAAUAAAAGCCUCUGUCUAAACUGGACUUGAGAAAGACAGCAAAACAGAGACUUACCAAAACUGCCGAAGUGAAUG